AUCGUCUUUUUCUUCCGUCCGGCGCCGGCCGCCCUUUGGACCCCGCGGCAGCUUCUUCCCGUCGGGUGAAUGAGAGGUGGCCGAGCGGUGCCUGACGCUGGACUGAGCGCCAGCCAUGUCGAGGAGCACCGGCUCGGAGAGCGGGCGGCCCGGCGGGUCCCUGCUGCCCCGUGGGACGAGCCCCGGCAUCUCGCUCGCGCGGGACGCGGAGCCGAGAGCUGCCGCUCCAUUGCCGCCGCCUCCGCUUCCCCUGCAGCCUCCCUUUGGCCCCGGGGAAGGCAGCCCCGCGCCGCCCGAGCUCAAGCCGGUCCGUCGGUUCAUCCCGGACUCGUGGAAGAACUUCUUCAGAGGGAGACGCCACAACGACUCCAGCUGGGACAGCACGGCCUCUGACAUCAGGUACGUCUCGGACGGGGUCAGGUGCUCCCCGCCGGCCUCUCCUGCCUGUCUGCCGCCGGAGCGUAAGUCGGUGCCCGGCUCCUACAAGGAUCCGUACGGAGGGUCGGGCGGGAGCUACACGUCGCGGAAGGAGGCCGAAGCCAUGCUUCCCGCGGAGCCCUUCGAGUCGCUGGAGCGCCGCACCGGACAGACAUACAGCGAGCGGGUGGAGGCCUACCACCAGCGGUACGCCUACAUGAAGUCCUGGGCCGGCUUGCUCAGAAUCCUCUGCGUGGCCGAGCUGCUGCUGGGUGCCGCUGUUUUCGCCUGUGUCACGGCCUAUGUGCACAAGGACAACGAGUGGUACAACAUGUUCGGGUACUCGCAGCCCUACGGCUACGCGGCUGGCAGCACCUACGGAGGCUACUCCUAUGGCGGACCCAAAACGCCCUUUGUGCUGGUGGCGGCUGGAAUGUCGUGGGUAGUCACGGUAGUGCUGCUGGUGCUGGGCAUGUCCAUGUACUACCGAACUAUUCUCCUCGAUUCCAACUGGUGGCCUCUGACCGAGUUCGGAAUUAACUUGGUCCUGUUCUUUCUGUACAUGUCAGCUGCCAUAGUGUACGUAAAUGAUACCAACAGAGGUGGGCUCUGCUAUUACCAGCUGUUUAAGACGCCGAUAAAUGCGUCUUUUUGCCGUGUAGAGGGAGGUCAGACAGCAGCAAUUGUCUUCUUGUUUGUCACGGUAAUCAUCUAUCUAAUUAGUGCGGUGGUUUCUCUGAAGUUAUGGAGGCAUGAAGGAGCUAGAAGGCACAGGGAAUUAAUGGAACAGGAGCUGAAAACACAGUCCCCUUUUCCAGAAAAGAAGUAUGAAAGUGAUGACAGACCAAGAGAAGAGGUCAAUUACAGGCAGCUUAAAUCAGUAGAAAGAAAACCAGAACUACUUAAUGGUCAUAUACCUGCAGGCCACAUUCCUAAACCUAUAGUGAUGCCGGACUACUUAGCGAAAUACCCAGCCAUUCAAACAAAUGAAAUGCGAGACAGGUACAAAGCAGUAUUCAAUGAUCAGUUUGCUGAGUAUAAAGAGCUGUCGGUGGAAGUUCAUGCUGUAUUGAAAAAAUUUGAUGAGCUGGAUGUCUUGCUGAGACAGCUUCCUCACCAUCCUGAAAGCAUACAUGAACAGGAAAGGAUAUCAAAAGUUCUGCAAGAAUACAAGAAGAAGAAAAAUGAUCCUGCAUUUCUGGAGAAAAAGGAGCGUUGUGAAUACCUAAAGAAUAAGCUUUCUCACAUAAAACAACGAAUUCAGGACUAUGAUAAAGUUAUUAAUUGGAGUGUAGAAACUUAGCUAUGCUUUCAUUUUGUGGCGGUUAUUUUCUAUGCUUUAAAUCGAUAUGUGUAUUUUAAACUAUUUAUUUGCUUUCAGAACAAUUGCGGGGAUUACGUAAUCACUGUGUUGCUUAUCUGGAUGUUGUACAUUGUUGGUAGGUUUUGUAUGCAGACCCAGUUUUAAAUUAAUGUAGUGAAGUUAUCUGAUGAGUUUAGAAAACCUGUGAUAACAUUUUGUUCUUACCAGACAGUACAAAGCCUGGCCUCUUAAGUAUGAAUGCUUUGAUUGAAAAUACUGUACUUGCAAACUUGCAAAGCCCAUUGGAGAAGGCAGUUCUAAGUAUCAUGUCGAAAGUGUGCACAGAGAUGCUGUUAACAAUUUAAAAUUCUAUUUAUAGGUGACAUCUUAAUGAUAGCAAAACUUAUUGCACUGUUCUUUUCUGCAGGGGUUUAGUGGAGCGCUUAAUCAUGCGCUUAAUCAUGCUGAAUAAUUUCGGCAAGUCAAAAAUCAGUUUAGUAAGACUUUGUAUUGUGUUUCCAAAUGCUUUGCUGUAUGUCACAAAUCAUCUGGAAUUUUGCCCAAGAGGUGCAAGAUCACUUCCUACUUACGGGGUGGGGUGGGUGAAAGGGGUAGCUUGUGUUGGGGUUUUGUUGGU